CCUAGACAGAGAAGUACCAUCCAGAUCAAGAUUUAAGAUCAAGAAUUUCAACGUAACAUACAAUCACAACUUCGUCACUUAAAAUGACUUCAGGGAAGAAGGCUUUUAUUGUUGGACCUGGCUUCAUUGGUUGGAACGUACUAGACCUGUUAGUCAAGGAGAAUUACGUUGUCACAGGUUACGUCAGGAGGCAAGCCCACGCGGAUCAGAUCAAGGCUUCAGGGGCUACUGACGCGGUUCUGGGAGACCUAAAUGAUAAGAAUUUGAUCACGGACCAUGCCGUAUCUCAUGAUAUAAUCAUCCACACAGCUACCGCCGACCAUCUUCCAAGCGUGGAUGCAAUACUAGAUGCUGUCCAGCAGCGACAUGAAAAAGGACUCAGCACGAUCUUCAUACACACCUCUGGAACGUCUGUACUAGGCGAUGGCGCGAAAGGGAGUUACAAAUCUGACAAGAUUUAUCACGAUAGCAUGAUAUCAGAGGUAGACUCUGUUCCGGACAAUGCGCCACAUCGUCAGAUCGACCUUGCCAUUGUCAGAUCUCGGGAGCGGUUUUCAGGGAAGGCCAAGAUCGCAAUCAUUAUCCCGCCGCUCAUAUAUGGUUUCAAUCCGAAUCAUGGACGACUCACGAUCCAGAUCCCAACUCUCACUCGGUAUGCUAUUAAACAUGGUUAUGCAGGAUAUAUAGGCGCCGGCCUCGCUGUUGAGAGCAAUAUUCAUGUACUCGAUUUAGCGAGGGCGUACAUGGUGCUACUACAUCAUCUGGAAUCUACGCCAGCGGGAAGUCCGGAUAUUCUGGAAAACCCGUACUACUUUACCGAGACUACAGGCGACAAGGAACCAAGCUGGAAGGACGUUGCGGCGCUCAUCGGUGCAGAGCUCCACAAGGCCGGGCAUAUCUCGAACCCGGAACCGCAGACAAUCCCGCCCGAGAACUAUGACGACUUAUUCGGGAGUUAUACGGCUCCUGUCAUUGGUCUUAAUAGUCGUAGUCGCGCUGUGCGCCUGCGCGGGCUGGGGUGGAAACCUGUGGAAAAGAGCUGGGCCGAGAGCUAUGCUCAGGAUGAACUCCCCUUCAUUCUUAAUGAAGAGUCAGAUCGCCACGCCUUUAACGGUUACAAAGGGGCUGUGGCUAGUUGAAUACUAGGUAGGCUUGGAUGAAGGCAAAUCUGCGCGUUUACCGACGCCAUAUCUACAUGUAACUACCGGUAAACCAAUUGAUAGAAGUUAGAUACGGUUUGAACUUAGAUGCUUUACGUAA